GUCAACAAAAUAUUUCUUGAUUCUUGCUUGUACAAAUUUUUCUUUUCCUAUUAUAUUUAAAAACUUUGACUUGUGGAGAGUACAAUAAUCCUAACAGAAUUAUUGUCUACUCUUCACCACAAUUGGUUUAGUAAAACAAAUACAAUUUAAUUCUGAUGCAAUGGCAACUAUCAGUAUUCCAAGGAUAUUUCAAAAUUUAAUUGAUAAAAAAAACUUUUCAUGCUGUGCCCUGUGCUUACGAACAGAAAGAGAAGUGCAAAUGACGACUCCGUUGAUGUUCAGAAAGGUUCUAGCAGCACUGGACCAUUCUGACUUUGAAGUAGAUCGUAUUUGUAACUGGUGUGAAGCACGUGCAGCGACAGUUGCCCGAUUUGUGGACAUGGUGGAUUUGGCUCUGGAGGUGCAGGGAGUUUUAAAGAAAGUGAACAAAACAAACAAAAAAAUGGCGAAAAGACGUCUACUGCAAAGACUUCAGUACUACCAGAGCAAGUGUAUGGAAAUGAGAAAGGCAACGCAACUAACCAAUACUGAAGUGCUGGUUAUAGAUGCCCUAGAUGUUGAAGGUGUCGUUGUCGGUUCGGAUACUUUGGAAGAGAAGGAAAGAGCGGAAAAAGCACAAGAGAUGAACCAUGCGAUACAGGAGAUAGAAACAGUAAUCAUAGAAGAUGAAACUCCGAACAGUAAGCACCCUACGAUAUUGCCUGUGCCUCAACAGUCACAAAAUAACCCUCUUGGUAACAUCUCAUCGGUCACUAGCAUGAAGUCAGUCGAAUCCACUCUGUCCAAUUCAUCAUCAUUCAACGUUGCCAUCGGUGCGGACGGGUUCUUGUAUAUACUGCCAUCAUCGGACGUCCCUAUUAUACCACAACAACUAAUAUCACAACAGCUAACAUCACAACAGCUGGAAACUUGUUCAAACGUGUCACAGAUUAAUUCCGUUAAUAACGGAGUCAUCACGAGUGCAGAAAAAAGAACUAUGGUACCGGCGGAACAAAACAGUAAAAGGCCAAGACAGCUCGAAGUUGAUCCUCCUAGAAGCACAAGUGAUGAUGAUGAUGAUGUCAUAUUAAUCGGUGAUGAGGAGCCCAAAGCUCAGGAGCAGGUUGUCAAGUACCCAAUCAGAAUAGACUCCAAGGUUGAUUGGGAGGACAAAAUACCUAUAGACAUUAUAUCUUUUGUGGACAGUCAAUCAUCGCGUGUCAUGCCUAAAAUUAAAGGGCCAACGUUCAGCUUGAACAAGAACAUCUGUUGAAUUAAACUGUGAGUCCUGAACGAGGGCUGAUAAUGUUACGCUCGCCAGAUGUCGCUAGUUGGGACAGAGGUGAAUUUGUCACGCAUAUGGUCACUCAGUGUCAUCAUCAUUGAAAAGUUGCCAUUUGAAUAAAAUUUUUUCGGUUUCUAUUGUAUGUCGGAUUGUCAUCCCAUCGGACUAUGAGAGUGAGGCGAUAGAGAGUGCACCUGUGCUUGCGCAUACAUUCGUGCACUAUAAUCCUGCGGAGAUAGCUAGCCUACGUUGAGACCGGACGCCGUGACAGAAGCUCUGUGUAGAAGACAUUAAUUUAAACAAUUAUUUAUAUUAAACUAGCUGGCCAGGCAGACGUUGUUCUGCCCAUACCGAAGACCCUUUGUCCUAUUAAAAAAAAAUCCUUAAAUUCGUAAUAAAAAAUAUUGAGGGUCACUUAUCGGGAUAAAAAUUAUCCUAUCUCUCAAGUUGGACCAAAUUGCACACAUUGUGAAACAUUUCAUUGCAAUCAGUUCAGUAAUUUAGGAGUUUAUCGCGGACAAACAAUGUGACACGUAUUUUUUAUAUAUAAAGAUGUUAAUAUAUUUUUUCACCACGAAGUUUUCCCUAUCCAAAUAGACUCUACCUCCGACCACAGAUACAUAUAAAAACCCGUUGAUAUAAUGUUAUUUUAUUUUUUAUUUUUAGUAAGUAUUGUCUUAAGUUAAAUUUUUAUCUGUAUAAAAUGUCUUAACUACUACUUUCUGUAUUGUCUUAAAUACUACUUUAGUAUUUAUCUUUAAUAUAUAUUGAAGAUAAUAUUGAUAUGUAAUGUGCAGUUUAAUUGAUUAUCAAAAAAACAAAACUCAGAUUAAAUAUAUCAGUAUGUAUGUAAUUGUAGUUGAUUAAUUUUAUUUCGAUGGGUUUUUGUAAUAAAAAGAAAAUAAAUUUACAAUUUAGAUUUUCGUUAUUAACAAUGCUAAUGAAUUAGUAUGGAGUAAUAAAAGAUGUGAGUUAAACUUUCAUACUUUUAUUAGUAAAAUAACUUUUUCUUCUUAAUGUUGCCAGUACAAAACACACAAUGUUUUGUACUGGCAACACUGGUAUUUGUAGUAAUUUGUGGCGGGCGACACUAAUAUUUCUAUAAACACACUUCAUACUUUUGUAUUAUAUUUUUAUUUGCAUUAGAAUAACCGAUAAUUAGAAUUAAUAUAAGAUGUAAAUAAUUAGGUUAAGAAAGCCAUGCGACCCGGUGGUUUUAAGAGUCGUUAUUUUCAAUUAAAUAAAAUGUAUUAC